UCCUCGCCCUCCAAAAAAUUAUUCACCGCCUUCAAAAUAUUCACCGCCUUCAAAUACAUCAUCUAAUUCAAAUGCACCACGUCCUCCAAAAAACUAUUCCCCUCAAAACACUAAUUCUGAUCCUCAAAAUAAUUCAUCAUCCUUACAACCUGCAGUUCAGGCUCCAACUUAUGUUGGCGGAAAUAAAGGUGAUCGACUUUUGCAAAAGGAGGACAGAUGUUGUAUCACCAAUUCAACAAAUUCCACAACGUCCGCGGUUCCAGGCAAUGCCACUGAUGCAGUUAAUAAAGCUGCCAACGAUGGUAGUUCUCAAUGUAAAGCUAUAUGCCAGAAACUUAUAUAUCAGGCAUUGUAUUAUGGAG